AUGAAGGCAUAUCACCUCCAGAAGAGACAAUUGCCGAGUGCUGCCACGGUAACAAAGAGGCUAUCCAGAGCCAAAGUUCUUCGAGACUGGAUGAAGGCUUGGCCGGAAAAAAGUAUCAUUUGGACAGAUGAAAAAAUUUUCACCGUGGAGCAAGCAUACAACAGCCACAAUGACAGAAUCUUGGCCAGGGACAUUAAGAAGGUUCCUGUCAAUAACAAAACCAUAUUUUGGAGGCAACACCCAGCCUCAGUGAUGGUCUGGGCCGGAGUGACGUCAUGUGGAAAGAAAACCCCCUUAAUCUUCAUCCCAGAGGGUGUAAAAGUGAAUCAAGCACUUUACUUGGAGAUGUUGACGGAAAAAAUUCUUCCUUGGGUCCAAUCCCAGCACUGGGACCAAUCAUUCUGUUUCCAGCAGGACGGGGCACCCAACCACACAGCCAACAAAGUCCAGGAGUGGUGUCAGAAUUUUUUCCCCGAAUUUUGGUCUGAGGAGAUGUGGCCUCCAUCCUCUCCAGAUCUUAAUGUUAUGGACUAUGCCAUAUGGUCCAUACUGGAGAGGAAAGUGGGUGUCAAAACCUACAGCAAUGUGGAGGACCUCAAGGCCGGUAUCUUUAUUGGCUGCAUGGGCUGA